AUGAUGGGAACGAUGGGAGCGCACGGACGGAGCUCGGCUCGUCUCGGUUUGCUCCUUUGCGGAUGUGUGGCGUUUCUCUUCAGUGAGCUCGUCCCACCGAGCGAGGCCGGCUGCGGGCAGAGGGACAGCCCGAACUGCUGCAGCGGCCGGGAUAACGAGUGUGUGGCGCGCACGAGGAGGAGAACAGCGUGCUACUGCGACAGCUACUGCCAGAAAACCAGAGACUGCUGCGAGGACUACCAGCACGUGUGCCAGAUAUCUGCAGCCAUUGACUGUAAUGUGGGAUCAUGGGGCCCUUGGUCGUCAUGUUCAUCCCCAUGUGGAGUUGGUACCAAGGAGAGGAGUCGCCAAGUAUCUGUUCCCCCCAGAAAUGGAGGCACUCCUUGUCCCGACCUCAAACAACGGCGAGGAUGUUUCGGCAACAACGUCAUAUGCAGCAACGCAAAAGAGGUGGCAAAGAUCCUGCCUGAUUCUUUCAAGAGGAACUUCAAGGACCCGUGGAGGCGACCACACAUGCUGAUGAAGGAGAAAAAGGACAGUUACUGCGUGUACCUGCGAGUGAAGCAGGCCAGCGUGCCGUGCAAACUCAAACUGUGGAGCGCUCAGUUGGUGAAGGAGCGUCUGGUCUGCGCAGAGUGUCAGAGUGACGCCAUGUCCAAGUCCGACCGCUGCGCAGGUGAUGGCCUGGACAGCACUAGAACGUUUUGGACGGCAGCUUCAGCUCCUGGUUGUCAUGGUUCCUGGGUGCGAGAGCUAUCUUCUGAACGUUGCCAAUGUCCUCCCUACUCUGUCCUCUUCGUUUGA